CGCUGCUGCAUGUAAACAAAGCCGAGUUGGCAGCAGCAGGACAGAUGGAGAAAAAAUCAUUUUAAUCCGAGUUUAAGAGAGUAAAGUUGAGUUUGUUGAAGCGGAUCCGGAGCUGAGAGUCUAUGUAAUGGAGCCCCACUGCGACUGAACCGGAACCAGCAACAUGUCCAUGGAAGACCCGUUCUUCGUCGUCAAGGGUGAAGUUCAGAAGGCGGUGAACGCAGCUCAGAGCCUCCAUCACAGAUGGAGCGAGCUGCUACAGGAGGGGGGCGGCGCCUCCAAGGAGGAAAUGGACUGGACGACCAAUGAGCUGAGGAACAGUCUGCGCUCCAUUGAGUGGGACCUGGAGGACCUCGACGAAACCAUCAGUAUCGUCGAGUCCAACCCGAAGAAGUUCAACCUGGACACAGCCGAGCUGUCGAAGAGAAAAGCCUUCAUCACAAUCACCAGACAGACUGUCAAGGAAAUGAAAGAGGAUAUGUCGAGUCCAGCUGCUGCCUCAGUGGACAGAAAGAACAAACAGGAUCUGCUUGGUGAGCGUGGCGCUCAGGGUCCGAUCUGGCAGCCCAGUCCUGAUAAAUACAGCCGCCUGGACCGGCAGCUGCAGAACGCCAACUCUCAGUUUAUAGAGGAGCAGCAGGUCCAGCAGCAGCUGAUAGCAGAGCAGCAGGAUGAACAGCUGGAGCUCGUUUCGGGAACAAUCGGAGUCCUGAAGAACAUGUCAGAGAGGAUUGGCAUGGAGCUGGAUGAGCAGGCUGUGAUGUUGGACGACUUCAGUCACGAGGUGGACAACACUCAGUCCAGAUUGGACAACGUCAUGAAGAAACUAGCCAAAGUGUCUCACAUGACCAGCGAUCGUCGUCAGUGGUGUGCUAUUGGUGUGUUGCUCGCCAUCCUCUUGGUCGUCAUCCUCCUCUUCUUCAUCCUCUGAUUGAUACUGACAGCAGAGAACCCGUCCUAAUGCUGUGGCUGAACUCUCCUGGACUCUGCUGAACUCUCCUGGACUCUGCUGAACUCUCCUGGACUCUCAUUAACUCUCCUGGACUCUGCUGAACUCUCUUGGACUCUUCUGAACUCCCCUGGACUCUGCUGAACUCUCCUCGACUCUGCUGAACUCCCCUGGACUCUACUGAACUCUCCUGGACUCUCAUUAACUCUCCUGGACUCUGCUGAACUCCCCUGGACUCUACUGAACUCUCCUGGACUCUACUGAACUCCCCUGGACUCUGCUGAACUCUCCUGGACUCUGCUGAACUCUCCUGGACUCUCCUGGACUCUACUGAACUCUCCUGGACUCUGGUGGUUCGCUUUGUCAGAAACGAAAUGAAAAGCCAAAAUUUAGACACCCAUCAGCCCAUGUAAGUCCUGAUCCUGAGGCAGCUGGACUCCUUAUUUAUAGAUCUACACCUGAGGACAGGUAACACACCUAAGUUGGCAGAGAACAAUCAGCCAAUCAGGCUCCUGGAACAACAGAACACACAUCGUUAGUCCACCUUCAAACUCACUGCUGCAUACAAACAGUAUUUAAUGUUGUUUAAGACACAACACAAUGAUUGUAGACCAGGCCUACUCCAGUUAAGCUCCACUUUAACUCCAGUUAAGCUCCACUUUAACUCCAGUUAAGCUCCAGUUUAACUCCAGUUAAGCUCCAGUUUAACAGCAGAUAAUGCUGUGUCAUGUUUUAUUGAACUGAACUUGUUUUACUUAGUCUCGUCAAACAAAAAUCCCCUUUUCAGUAAUUAAACAAGAACUUUAACUUUAAAACGUGGAAACCAAAAGCUUGUUGGUCAGUUUGAACCGGUUACAGUUUAGACUGGACUCUGCUGAUCUCUGAGGUCACAGACAGACUUUAUUGGCCCACACUGUGUAUACAAGAUUUGGUAGGACUCACCUGGACUCACCUGGACUCUACUGGACAUCCUCUCCCCCCUGAGUGGGACUGAAAAGGCACUUUGGUUCUUUGGGUGUUUGACUGUUAAAAGUCCAGAUCAAAAGUUGAAGCAGGUGGAAACGAGUUUGAUGUGUUUUAAUGUUUCAUGUUUUAAAAAAAUAGAUUUGUGUUUGAAUGUUUUAUUUAAAGGGCUGAAAACAACCGUUUCAACUCCAGUUUCAUCCCAGUUUAACUAAUUCUACUCCACUUAACCUAGUAGCUCCAGUUAAACUCUCAAUUUAAUCCCAGUUUAACUGUGAGUUUAGGAACACAAAUUUAAGUCCACUUUAGCUUCAGUCUAAUUCUGCUUUUAAGGUGCCGUAUGUAAGAAUUUGAGUUUCUUACUUAUUUAAAUUAUCAUUAAAACAUCAAGGAGUAAUAGUUCUGAUGUUUUUGUCAAAGAUGUCUAUGUAUUGUGUUGCAGAGACUACUGAAAUUAGCACGCUAACCAGCUAGCUGCAGCCCAUCCUGUCUCGUGAUACCACUUUGUACCUCAAGAUGCAAUCGUAUCUUACCCGUAGUUUGAGCUGGGAGAUCAAAAUAAUCUACAUUAUUUUCCUUAUUAAACAUAGAAAUACAACAUUACACGUUCUGAAUUCAAGUUUCUGUGACUUACUGAGCACAGAAGGACCUUAAUUGCCAAGUUAAUUUAUCAUAAAACACAUCAUUCAAAAAAAAACAAACUCACUUGUCUUCCAACAAUCACCAACUCCAGUGAACCAGGUCAGUUUCUCGAGAUGUAAAAGUAGUCUGGUUCUAGAUGCUGUCUGACCACGCUGCUGAUGACCGACCUGAACUCUCCGGGUUCAUGGCUGUCCUGUCCCAGCCUGCCCUGUCUUCAUCGGCCCUGUUAUCAGACUGGCCUCCUCACUCUGUUCAGUCCUGAUCCAGUUGUGUUAACUGGGAGGCUGAUUGUUGAGGCUAUAAGCAUGAACAACCCCCCAGUGCACCAAGCUUUCAAUCAGGGCAGACUCCAGUUAGCUAAUAGAGCCGCGACCUGCAUGGCUAGCUGAGCUAUCUUGCUAAAGAAAGCUAGAAGCUAAAGGUACCUACAGCAAAGUGUUUAGCGAGCAGCAGUUAGCAGUUGCUCUGCUGACGUGCUGCCCAUUUGUUUGGAGCGAGGGGGGGUCAAUUCUUACACAUUACACCUUUAACUCCACUUAAUCUAUAGUUUAACCCCAGUUUAAUCCCAGUUUAACUGUGAGUUUAGUUGUUUAAAUGUAACUGCAGUAUAACUAACUCAAAAUUAGUCUUAUUUUCUUUUUAACUCCAUCUUCCAUCAUAUUCCAUCUUAAUUUUAAGUUAAGUGCAAUUCUAGCUUCAUCUUUUCUCCAUUUAAACCCAGUUUUGCUUUAAACAGUUUUAUUCGAUGUUAACAUCAAGUUAAUCCUGGUUUACUUUAGAUGUAAUCCUGGUUGCUCAGUCUGUGGUUGGAGCUCGUUGAAGGUUUUCUGUCUUUUUAAAUAAUAGUGUAGGAACACUAAAACUGUUUUUCUGUUUACAGUUUGUGUUUUUUUUGUUUUAUUGAAUUUAAAUAACUGAUGUUUCAUGUUUUCUUUUUUAUUAAGUUUCCUCUGUUUUAUUUUCUUUAUGUUAUAUUUUGUUUCCUGUACCGUAUUGAUCAGCAGGCUUUUGAAAUGUUAAAUUAUCAUUAAUUCAAACCACACACUUCCUCCUUCUCCUUUGCAAUAGAAGCCUUUCUUCAGUUAAUGUCUGGAAGGCUUUUAUUGUGAAGCAGCAGCAGGAAGUAAAUCCUGAAGAUUAACAAUUGAGGUAACAGUAGCAUGAAGUAGCUGAUUACGUCAUCCCCCACCGACAGGCUUACGGUACGCAUGGCAGUGAAAAUCUGAAGGUGAUGAAAUGUUGUUAGAAGUAAAAGCUUUCCUGUUACUAUUCUGAUAAAAUAAAACCACAGUGUUCAGACCUCUGACUGAUGGAAAUAAAUUCACUUACUUCGGUCAUUAGUCACUACGUUAUUCUGUUUAAUCUGUCGGCAUGUUUUAACACUAACUCUUCUCAAAGACAUCCUGUUGUUUUCCAACAAAUGUCACAAAAUAAUUGACAUUUAUUUUGAUUUUUCUUUCAGGAAAGAUUUCAUCUUUAUUUAGUCUUAAUUGAUGUUUACUGUCAGACUGUGCAGUUUGUUUUGAAGUGUUUUAAUUCUAUAAUUUUAAUGAAAUAAUUCUAUCAUUUGGAUUACAUAAAUAUGUAUUGAGAUAUUCAGAACUUUCUUUCUGAAAACAAACAAAAGUAAUGUAAUAAUAAUAACUGUGUCUUGUUGGCAUCUCAUGAAUCCGACCAACAAACAGAUCAAUGACUGAGCAAUGACAGCUAAAUUAAGGCCAGAAACUGUUUUUGAUCAGUGAGUUAAACUGUGUUGUUGAUGCGUGAAUGAAAACUUUGUCCUUAUUAUUUUUUGUCAACAGAAGCAGCUGAGAGUUUUUGUGUCUGCAGAUUAAUUUUGUUUCAAUAAACUCGUUUCAGAAAAG